AUGCAAUUUUUUAUAUUAGUCCUAUUUGUUCCCAGCGGUAUUCUAGCGAUCAAAUGUUAUACAGGCUUAGUAACGGGAAACACCAAACCUACAGAAACCAGUGACUGUAUUAGUGACCGCUGCCUCAAAGUUACUGGACGCGUCUCUGAAACAAAAGGAGCGAUAUAUGAUUGUGGUGCUGAAUGCCUGAAUCUGGAGGGAUGCGUCAAAACAAACUCUGACUCGGAAGUUUGCUGCUGUUCCAAGAAUCUCUGCAAUUCCUCGACAACGCUAUCAAUAACCGUUCUCGUCGUUUCUGCUGCUUUAGGAUCCAUUUUUGUUCUUUAG